GGUAUAUCGGCGUCUCGCCGCGUCGCCGCCGACCCCAGACGGAAGACGACCACCGACGCGGCGAGAGGCGACGAUCCUGCCUGUACCUUCUCCUCUCCGACGCCAACAGCAGACCCCGAGGAGAGAGAGAGCGAGAGAGAAAAGAGAGAGACACAGGGAGAGAACAGACGCGAAACCAAAAAAAAAACCCGGCCAUGUCGUCUGCGCGCCGAGUAUUCUUCAGCGCCGCCGUGCUGGCGACCCUGUGCGCCGCCUUCCCGCAGAGCGUGAUGGCCAUCGACCUGAGUCGCCUCUACGGCCACCUGAGCGCCAAGAGGAACGGGGACGCGUGCCACCCCUACGAGCCGUUCAAGUGUCCCGGCGACGGCAUCUGCAUCUCCAUCCAGUACCUGUGCGACGGCGCGCCCGACUGCCCGGACGGCUACGACGAGGACUCUCGCCUCUGCACGGCCGCCAAGCGACCGCCCGUGGAGGAGACGGCCAGCUUCCUGCAGUCGCUGCUCGCCAGCCACGGACCCAACUACCUGGAGAAGCUGUUCGGCAACAAGGCCCGCGACGCCCUGGCGCCCCUGGGAGGCGUCGAGAAGGUGGCCAUCGCGCUAUCAGAGUCGCAGACCAUCGAGGACUUCGGCGCGGCGCUGCACCUGAUGCGCUCCGACCUCGAGCACCUGCGGUCCGUCUUCAUGGCCGUGGAGAACGGCGACCUGGGCAUGCUCAAGAGCCUGGGCAUCAAGGACUCGGAGCUGGGGGACGUCAAGUUCUUCCUGGAGAAGCUCGUCAACACCGGCUUCCUGGACUAGACAGCACAGUCCACGCCCUUCGCGCGCCCGUCACACUGGCAGACCUCUCCUUAAACUCCUCUUUAACCUUCUUGUUUCCAUUUUCCUUCUUCCAUCCUCUGGCCCUCUCCGAGACACGUCAAACACCGCGGGCCCUCCGCCAGAGACAGAUCCGAGCAUUGACAUCAUAAAGUGACAUCGCUUUUGCAUUACUCUAGUUUUUUUUUUUUGUUCUGUUAUUUCACGUCACCAAAAUGUUUUUUUCUGUUUCGGUUGCAAUCUAAAUACUAAACUGUCCAAAAAAACACAAGCGGGAACUUCACCAAAAAGUAAACUGUUUUAAAAUAUGUACUACCAUUUUGAAUCUUUAUCGAGCAGAUUUAACCAUUUUACAAGUGUAAUUCUCUGAAUGCAAAUAUUUUUUUUUAUUUGUGUCCUUCGCGAGUAAAUUGAUACACGAUGAGUUGUCAAUUUUUUUUUCCGCUGUCGUGUUUGUAAGUUUCAAUCGCUGCAGCCAGAUACGAGGCCAGCUCAAUAUGGUUGCAAAAAAAAUCUGCUGUCACUUUGGUUAAUUUAUUUCACUUCUCCUUUCCCAUACGUUUCGUCUCUUGGCUUUCACUCUCUUCCGCCCGGGGAACAGAAGCUGUGUGCUUUCCUCGUCUCUUCUCGCUCCUUCGAGACCUCUGCAACGGCCGACAGCCAAGAACAGUAGACAUAGAUGGGGACCAACCAUGCUUCGCCAUGCAGCAGCCAUGUCGAGUCACGUCCCUUUUAUUCCCCUUCUGACCUGCCUCUAAAGCAUUCAGAUCCUUUUCUCACAGAAAACUAUGGAAAAUGGUUGCUACAGAAAAUUAAUUCUUUAAAUUUUUUUUAUGUGCCAAAAUCAAUCUACUAUUCGAAUACUUCUAAAAAAUAUAUAUCAAACCUUAGUUAUUUUGUUUGACAUUAUAAAAAAAUUUUACAUUUAUAAAUAAUUUAGGUUUAAAACAAAACAUAUUUGUUGGAAAUCACUGGCUGUAACCUGAUUGGGACUUUUUGAAGCUAGUAUUUCGUCACCUAAAGCAAUCCAGCCUUAAAAGUGUGAUGGCCCUGUUUACGUCUUUAAUUUUCGAAAACAGCUAACUUUGUUUCCUGAUGAACUGUUUUCCCUGAGAAUAUACAGCACCAUCGACUGCACAUAUUUUAAUCGUGUUUACAGAUUAUGCAAAUGUUUUUUUUUUUUGCCAAAUCUGGUAAUGUAGCCUAUUUAUUUAUAAAGCUAAAUUGUUAUUAGUCAAUUGAUUAUUUGAAUUUUAUUUUUAGUUUUAACACAAAUAUUUGCCUAAAAACAAGGAGAAUCAUUUUGGUGAGAUAGUCACCACGUAUGCACUUCUUCGUCGUACGCACGCAGAAAAUCUUCAACGUCAGUUCAGUCAACAAUUAACUGUGCAUAUAACAUAAUAAUUCAAUUCAGCAGUUAAAUAAGGAAGCAAAGUUCGCAAAAUUAACACAAUGAUUUUUCCCAAAACGUAACCAACGGAAAUUUAAGCUUUAUUUGGCUGUUGCUCUGUUCAUCCGCGGUUUAAUACAUAUCUAAACAAGGCAACUUUCACUUACUAGUCCUGUAUUUAAAAUAAAACAGCAUUUGAUGUGUACAUUCAACGAAAUUUAAUCUGGUCCAUCCAUACCCACAUCCUCUAGCAACAUAAAAAAAACUCCUCUUUCAAAAAGUAGUUAAAAGUCUAAGAUAUAGUCACACUGAUAACAUUUAUAGUUUUCAUCGAACAUUUGGCAAAUAAUUGUUUUAUUAUGUUUCUUCUUUUAAUUAUAUUCUAUUCAUAUGAAGAAAACAAUCAUAUUCGUGUAAACACUACGUGUGCAGUACAAUGAACCGUUUACUGUAUAUAACUUUCAACAUAUUAUUAGGUUCAAAAUUAAUAUUGUCAAAAAGGAGUAGAUAUUUUUUUUAAUCAGUACUUAAAACAAAAUUUCAACAAGUAUUGCAGCAAAAGAAGUGCGAAUAUCAGCACGAAUCGUUGAAACACUUUCCAAGAAGUUUUCUAUGGUUAGGAAGAUCUUGUGCUAAGUUAAUGUUAAAUUCGAAGCAUGGUCAAACUUUCGAUGCGUUCGUGGUUCGUGUGAUGGGACGAAUCGGGGCUGCUGCAAUUGGUCACAAUACUUUAUUGUUUAGUAGCAAAGGUAUGGAGUGCCACGCAAUAUUUCGCGAGCUUUUCCGAACCACACAUGUCGGAUUCUCACGAAGUCGGUCGCUGUCGUCUCGUUUCCCGAUGUCUCGUGCUGACCUGUCAGCGAAAUGUUCCACACACAUCCACGUGGCGGAUUUCUCUACUUGCAGACUGCCCGAGUGACGCCAUUUUUCACGAAAAUGAAAAGAAAAAAUAAUAUCGUCUGCAUUUAUUGUUCGCAUAAUAAACUGUCAAAACUAAAAUUAUUUUUAAUUAUUUUUUUAGACUUACUUAUAACUAAAAAAGAAAUGGAUCACGUGUUUGAAACUUUUCAGUUUAAAAAAUAUUUAAUACUACUGGCUGUUUUCGAUCAAUUUAUUUUACUUAUUUUUAAGUUUCAAGUACUUUCACACACUUUAAGAAUUCUGACUUAAAAAUAAAUUGCAUUAUGAUAUUUCUUAGAAAAUUAAUAUGUAUUGUUUUAAAUUAAUGUCAUUGACUUAAAUAUCCAACUUUGUUAUCAAAUUCCUUUUAUUCCCUCGGUGUAACUUUCCAAAACUUUAACAUGGUAUACUGACCGCUAAUAAUAAUAAAAAAUGACUUUCUACGUGUUAUUUUUUUUUUAGUCUCGUGAACAUGGCGUGGUUUAAAAUGUUUACAAGUCAGUAAACAGUCCACGUAUGUGUUAAAUACUGAAACUGACAGCAACGGUGAGUGUUUUUUUUUUUUUUUUUUUUUUUCGAAGCACGUCACCAAACAACUGUUUACCCGGAUUAGUCGAGGGCUGGGGGAUUAUUUACGGUUUUGUUUCCUCUAUCUUUCCCCCUACUACCCAACCCUUCCGAUUCGAACCUUGAACCCACGUCACUACGCCCGGUAGAUGCAAUACUAAUUUGAAGCUGCAACCUCACGCGCGCUCGUUCACAUACGAGCGUAACGUGUUGCUUAAAAUACGUAUUAUAUUUACGUUAACACUGUGUUAAACUUGUAGACUUUUUAGAUUGACUUCUAUUUCGCCAAAUGAUUACAAUUAUAUAUAUACAUGUGUGUUAAAAUAUGUUGAAAAUUUUAACAAAGAUAAAAAUGACUGACAUGUAACAUUUUUUUUCGCCACGAUAGAAAUCAAAUAAAUUAGUCUCUCCCAAGUUUUUUGGUUUUCAUCAGACACUAAACACAAGGUAUGUGUAUUUUCAAAUAAGCAAAGACGUCAAACUUUAAUAUUUUAUAUGGAUUAAUCCCACCAGGAAAAUCGUCUGGCUGUAAUAGUAUAUUAAUUUUAAGGAACAUUCCGAGAUUCAAGUGAUUAAAAAUUAAAUUCAUUAACUACUCUCCGUCUCCGUUGUAAAAUAUAUACUCCGACGGGGAAUUUUUUUUAUUUUCCAGUGUUGAGUUUUUAACGAAACCUGAUAUGAACUAAGUUUGCUGUCAUUCAAGUUGGGAAAAUACUUGGCGUAGUGACAAAAACACAUUAAACGGAAUUUGGAACACGUAAAUAAAAACAACGAUAUUGGUUUGAAUAUAAAUACAGAUGAGAGGGUGUUAUUUUACAUAGAAAUGCGAUUAUUUUAAUCGAAUUUCGAGUAAAAUAACAGGAACUUGUUUUUUUUUAUCGAGAGUGUAUUCCGACACGUUCUUUUCACCUUUCUUCCGUAUUUUGUCGGAAAAGUAAGUAGGUUGUAGGGUAGCUACCAAAAACCAAAGACCCAUACUUUCCAAAUCCAGAGUUGUUCCAAACAGCUCGCCAGCGACAAUGUUUUGGAAAAUCUCAUGUGAAACUCAAACUGCAUUAGUGUUUGGCUGUGAGUUGAGAUACUUAGCCUUGCGUAACUGAAAUAUUUACGUUGCGCUUCCUUGGAGGCAAUUGUAGGGUUUACGUUCAAUUGUAGUUUUACAAAUAAAAAAGAAAUAGUUCAUCACUAGACAAGCAGGACAGUUUUCACAACUCGCAGUCAUACACUUCACAGUGUUAAUUUAGUUCAAUGUUAUUCUAUUUCAUAAAAUUUUCCAAUGUUUGUUUUCAUUUGUGACAAAGUGAAGUGUGUGAAGGCACAUAAUAUAACAAUCUUUGUACUAGGAUUAGAAUUGGUGUUUUUGCGCCUUCUUGUCAUGAUGUAUUUAGCUCGUCUAACAAUUUCUUAAGCUAUGCAGAGUAAUGUACCUUUUGAAUAUAUUAGAGAACUAAUUUUUGUGUGGGGUGCGUCAGACGCGGAGAGGUUUUGAACUAUUUAAUCAGGGUGUAAGGGCUGGGAAGUGUUUUUCGUACCAAUAAUGGGACUCCCCCUUUCUAUACAAUUACUUGUGAUCAUAUGGUACCAUGUCCUUUAGUGUGUCCCACGUAACUCUGAGAUAACUGAGCGGACUUGGGGAAAAGAUUUCUAUCGUCGUAGGCAAGUUCAGACGAAGGCACUGAAGUCAGACUUUUGGUAGGUAAUGACAUUUACGUUUCUUCGCGGCUUACGGCAUUUUUUAAUCUCUUUUAAAUAUAUUACUCGUGGAUGCAAUGUCAUGUUAUCAAAUGACGUAGAAACGAAAUCAAACACACAAAAAAAAGUUACAAAUUUCUUUUUUUACACGAUUUUUUUUAUCCAGCGUUCAGUUAUUUGGAAUAUAAAAUUAAAUUGGAAAGUCAAAUACCCGCCGUAUAGCUAGAUGUAAAUUAAACUAUUUCGAGAUAAUAGUUUUAUAGCUGUACCUAAAUCUAACACCAAUAACACAAAUAAUUUAAACAAUGGAAAUAAAUUCUAAAAUAUAAUAAUUUAAGAUAAACUUUGUGUCCAAUAAACGCUUUUAUUUUUUUACCACAGAAAACAUGUGAGAUUAAUCGUAUUGCAAAAAGUUACAAAAUAAUAAGGGGCUAAUUCGCUAAUUGACAAAAAUCGCUGUAUUUAGUGUAUCUGCCAUCUAAGUUUGAUACCUUCAGUUUGCCAAUGUUGAAAUGAGCACACAACAAAGUGUUGAGAUUAAUUAUACACACAAUAUGUUGACGACGAUACAAGGAAGACUCGUGUAUAACCAAUGCCCCAGACGAGUCAUUUUGUCGUGAUGAAACAUCAGCCUAAGUGAUAAAAAAUAUACUAAACAGACCACGUAUGUAUGUGUGCAUUAAGAAUUUGUAUAUUAUACACAUCCGACUUGUUGAUAGCUGUGUUUGCAUUUACAUUGUCACUGUAUAAAGCAUACAUAUCGUUACAAAUAUUGACUUGCUAAGUGUAAAAUUUAUAUUGAUAAAAUCGAGACAUAUCAUUAUUCGUCUGCAAAAGUGCAAAGCUUUCAUGUCUGUGUAUUUUCUUGAAUGUUAUUUUUCUUUCUUUGUAAAUGACAUAUUUAUUGUUAAGAUCAUGAAAUAUUUUAUAUAAAUACUAUUACAAUGUGGGUGAUGUGAUAUCUGAAUGGGUUAAUGUGUGCAGACUAAUAUUAUGGUUUCAUUGUAAUAUGUUAAAUUAAUAUAAAUAAAUCAUGAAAGGGAGUAUUUUUAUUACAACAAAAAAUUUCAUUCAUUACUAAUAAAUACUAAACAAACGUUUUUAUACGUUAAAGAAAUUUUUUGAAUCAGAAGUACAUAUUUAGUAUCUAUUUCGUACUUAAAAUUAUACUAAAAAAUUGUAGUUAACUGAAAAAAAUAAACAGGUAAGCACAUACCAAUUUUCAUUUAAUAUGCUUUAUUUUUAAAAGCAAUUAAUAUUUAUUUUCAUGGCUUAAUAGCUUAGUAAAACCAUAAUUAUAUUUUCAUUGAUCCGAGACCAUUUAAAAUUUUACUCUCGGCCAAUUAGAUUGCAGUUCAUCACGGUAUUAUAAGGAUGUUUAUAAACUGAUCAGAUAAUGUUUUGAAUUAUUUAAAUUACAAAAAGUUAAAUAACUAUAGAAAUCUUAAAUGAAUGUUUUCAAACAAAAGAAACAAAACUUUUAAGUUAAGUGGUUAUAAAUCAAAAGUUGACAUUAAUAUUGAAUUUCAAACCUUUGAACAUUAUUAUGUUCUUAAAAAAAAUUAUUCACGCUUUGAUAUUUGCUUUUUUAAUUGUAUAUUAUUAAGAAUUUUCAUAAGUUUCUUUUUUUCUGAAUAUGUGACAUAUCCCAGGAAAUGUUUGAUCAAUUUUCCGGGAUUUUUGUACAUGUCUUAGAAUGUGUUGGUGGAUGAUUCUUGUCUAUAGGGAAAAUGAUAUGGAUUGUUCAAAUUGUAAAAAGAAUCGUGCUUAUAUCAUCAUAUAUUUGUAUUGUAAAUAGUCAUGUUGAAAAUAUUCACGUGUUGAUUUUGAAAUGUAUAGACUUAGGCCUAUAAUUAUAGAGUAUUUUGUACAUUUUUUUCUUAUAAGUUAAUGUGUCUGUGGAGUUGAAUAAUGCACAAAAAGCGAGAAUUCCAAAAUAAGGAAAUUAAUUAACUAAUAUUUAUUUGUUUGUAAAACACAGACGAGCCAUAUUCAACAUAUACAUAUCAAAAAACCAUCCUAAUUGUCCAUUGAGAUGGAUAAAUCCUUGUACCGUUUCCUGUUCUUAUAUCAUAACGAAUAAGCAUAAGUAAGUGUUUUUGUCCUCGAUUGUGCAGCUCAAUUUUGAGAAAAGUGUUAUUGGAAGCUUAAAGAGUUUUGUAUCAUACAUGUGAGAAACGAUAACUACUAGGCGAGCUGUGUUCUUUUGGACUCGCGCAAAAUCUUCCUGUCUCUAGAUGACGACCUGACACAACUACAAUCCAAGCAGACAGAACAACAGCUUUGGAAGGUAUUGAGCGGGAAAGAAAAGAACCUUUCUAUCAGUUGCUUCUAGCGUACAUAGGAUGUCACAAUGUCAUUAGUUCAUACCUACCCCUAGCUGAAUUAACUCUCUCAUUGUAAUGUUUUGAAUACUGUUGUCUUUCCUUAUAUUAUGUGGUAAAUGGAUAAAGAGACCAAACUGUUAUAUUAAGGUGAUGCGUCUUCUAACACGAUUUAGAACAGAAAUACACAGUUAGUUUAUUUUCGUUAGAUACGUAAAUGGUAAUAAAGAUAGCAAAAUAUAUUUUUGGAGGAAGUAAAAUGGAGCCUAAAGCUAAUUAUGUAUUACAUUAUUUAUUUACUUCUAAAAAUCAUCACAGCAAAAGGUAAUAUUUAUUAUUUAAGCAUUGUUUUAGUAUGUUUUGACGAAAAUUUUAAAACAUAAAUUUUAAACAAAACUACAACCUACUUAUUACUAAAUCUUCUUCUGAUAGGAAAACCAAUUAAAUAUUGUUUUCAAAUGCAAUUCUUGUAAUAUGUUAUCUGAUGAUUAUGUAGAAAUGUAUUUUUAAGUAUCUUAGUUUAUGAAAACAGUGUAAAAUAUUUCCCAGAGUAAUUUUAUGUUUAUGAACUUGUGUAUUCAAUUCUUAUAUGGUAAAAUUAAUUAAAUUUUUAGCAAACCU